GCCAUUCUCUGCGGUCUGCAGUGGAUUUGGCGUCACUGAAAAGUGUAGGAGUCGAGAAACUUCACCCAUGUAAACAACGUCAAGAAGAGAAGCUGUGUGACACCCUGUGGGCAGCGAUACGCAGCAGUACGUAGCCGUAUUCACCCGCUGACCAACUAUGCCCCGGAAAAAGCCAUUUAGCAACAAACAGAAGAAGAAACAGCUCCAAGUCAAACGGGACAGAAAGAGAGGUGACACAGGUUCAGGGCCGAGCAGCCGCAAUGCCAGUCUGGAGCGAGGAGGAGAGAGACAGUCGGACACGUCAGACAGUGAGACCACUGAUGUCAGGAAAAUAAAUCAGCAGCCCUUUGGCAGAGAAGGUCGAUAUGACCCCAACAGGUUUCGACUGCAUUUUGAGAGAGAGACUAAAGAGGAAGUGGAAAAGGGGAAGAAGUUGGCCAGGGAGAAGGUGCUGAAGCCAGUCUCGGAAAAAGAACAUGAGAUCAACAUCAAUGACAUCUUCCCCUCAGAGAAAGGUCUUGGUUUCCCAAAACGACCGUCCUGGAGUUAUGAGAUGACACGAGAGAACCUGCUUAGGAAAGAGGAGAAGUCAUACAGAGACUACCUGGACGACCUGCACACCAAAAACCCAGCUGGCUCUCUCAGCCACUUUGAGCACAAUCUGGAGACAUGGAGGCAAUUAUGGCGAGUGUUGGAGAUGUCAGAUAUCAUCCUGCUCAUCGUGGACAUCAGGCACCCGGUGCUGCAGUUCCCUCCAACCCUAUACCACUACAUCACAGGAGAUCUCCAGAAGCAUGUGAUCCUGGUGUUAAACAAAGCCGACCUGUGUCCUCCUCCGCUGGUGAUCGCCUGGAAACACUACCUGACCUCCCAGUUCCCCCACCUGCAUUUAGUCAGCUUCACCUCCCACCCUGGACAGCCCUACAGCACAGUGCUCCAGAAGAAGAGGAUGAGGAAGAAGGCUGACUGGAGUCACGCUGGAGGUCCUUUAGAUAUCCUGAAGGCCUGUCAGGAGAUCACAGCAGGGAGAGUUGACCUAUCCAGCUGGGAGCAGAAGAUUAAGAGAGAUGCUGUUGCUGUGCGACUGGAUGGGGAGCAGCCGGAUGAAGGAGCAGAGUCGGUGCUGAUGGAGCAUCAAAGUGACAGGGCUAUGGACAUGGGCAGCCCAUCCCAGGAGCUGUACAAAGAUGGGGUUCUCACACUGGGCUGCAUAGGCUUUCCAAAUGUUGGUAAGUCAUCUGUUCUAAACAGCCUGGUGGCGAGGAAGGUGGUGAGCGUGUCCCGAACCCCAGGCCACACCAAAUACUUCCAGACCUACUACCUCACCCCGACAGUCAAACUCUGUGACUGCCCUGGACUCAUUUUUCCCUCCCUUGUGAAUAAACAGUUGCAGAUUCUGGCAGGGAUCUACCCCGUGGCUCAGCUGCAGGAGCCCUACAGCUCAGUUGGUUAUUUGUGCGCCAGGACCCCUUUCCUCUCUGUGCUGAAACUCAAACACCCCAGUUUAUUGGACAUCAAACCCCAUCAGAGAAACGAGGGGUCUGAAGGGCUCAGCUGGACUGCCUGGGAUGUGUGUGAGGCAUGGGCGGAGAGGAGAGGCUACAAGACGGCAAAAGCAGCUCGCAACGAUGUUUACCGUGCAGCCAACAGUCUCCUGCGGUUGGCAAUCGAUGGCAGAUUGUGCCUCUGCCUAAAACCACCUGGUUACAGCUGCUUGAGGGAGCACUGGGAAAAUCACCCAGAUUUGCCAGAGAUCGUGGCUCUGCAAGGGAGGGCGACGGAGGAGGAAGAAACGGGAGACAAUGACGACGACGACGGAGAGUCCAGCACCGAGCCAGAGGACGAACGAGACCGGGACGCAGACGAUGAUGAGGAUGGAGAUGAUGAAGACGAGGGCUUUGGACAUCCAAGGCCGAAGGAAGAUAAGCCGUCUGGUUUCACUGUCAACAUGUACAAUGUCCUUCGUGAAAAUGAGUGCGAGUGAUAACAGUGGGUACGACGAGCAGGAAGGCACACGUUGUUCCUCUUCCCUGACUUCUCUCUCUCUCUGUUUAUUCCUUUUUUUUCCCCGCCUAAAUCUGCAUUUCUUCUCUCUUUUUUUUCUUUUUUCUUUCUUGCAUCUCCACUCCUCAUGUGAUUACCUUCUCUGUACAUUAACAUGAUCUAUUCUAAUAAACUCACCAUGUUUGCCCCUUACCUAUACUAUUCAGAGCAUGUAUCUAUGCUGUGCCUUUGCUCUACUUGUUCAUCCAUGAAGCUUGUUCUUUAGUGUUUGGUUUGGUUUCUUUUUUUGCAUGUAGCUCUCAGAAGCAAACGAACCAAGUGACUUCCCUCAAUCUCUUUAUUUACAAGUGACUUUACAGCUGAGAUGCCAAAGUUCAAGAAAGGAUGAUAGAACAAAUCGGAUGCACUGUCGGUGUGAUGUCCUCCACUGGGUUUAGCCAUUUGGCUCUCGGAGCAGUUGGAGAUUUAGGACCAUGACUCUAUAUCUUCUUUGUAGACCAUUGUUUGGUUAAAGGGUGCGGGGGAUGGGAAAUGAGAGAUGUUAGGCCAUAAAAGUGGAAGGAAUUAACCAUUUUACACACAGUUUUUGCGGUUAUCAGUAUUACGGCUCUCUUAGAGGUUAAUUUAUCUGAACUUGGUUUUGAUUUAGAUAAUACUGUGUUCGAGAGUGAUAUUUUAUUUGGUGUGGUUCUACACAGUCUGCUGGACAUUUCAAAACAUGUUUGGUGUGGAGGGGAGGGGAGGGGAGGGUUGUUGAAUCCUGUGUUGCUGGACGAGGCUGUUUCAGGACUUUAACUUGUAGUGUUUUAACUACUACAUAUAUUAUCCUUAGAUGCGGAUGGAGAGCUACAAUAUUUAGUACAGGUUUUUGGGUACACUCAUUCAGCAAGAUCAUAUGCCGAUGGCAGUACAGUGGAUUUGAUUAGACCGAGACUGCUUAACAAUCAAUGACAGGAAUAGUUGGACAUUUUGGGAAAUCCACUUUCUUCCCCAGGGUUGGAUGACAAGAUUGACGCCACUCUUGUAUCAGUCCGGUAAAUAUGAAGUUAUUGACAAAAGACUGGAAACAGAUCGAUGUCCAAAGGCAGAAAAGCCCACCUCCCCGGGCCUCUAAAGAUCCCUCAUUACCACAUUGUGAUCUUAUUUGUUUAAGCUGGACAAGAAAGCGUAACAAUGACACGUGGUUUUAAGACGAACAGCCCCUGUCCAGUACUAUAUCGUCCCCUGGAAAACCUCAGUGUGUGAUUUUUUUUUUUAUAUUAAUUUGAAAAAGAAGAUGUAACGUGUUAAUUAGCGCUUAUAUAUUUAUUUACCAUGCAGUUAUAAGUCAUAUGGAUCUUCUCACUUGACUCUCUGCGUGGGAACUUUCCUUUCGCCACUCAGAAAGAGAGACGAGUAUCUUUGCUCCAAUCUGCCCAUCAUUACAAAUCUCAUUACACACUCCAGCUGCGUCGCUGUUCACGAUGACUUUGACACAGGGCUCAACUUCAAGGUCAGAUCUUUUAAUGCUGUUGAGACACAUGCUGCCGACAAUUCUCUGUGUUUGUCACAGCCAUGUUUUCAUCAUAUUUUCUGUAGAAACUCGAUACAUUUGACAUGUUUGACCCACGCUCACGUUCUGUGUGCCGGCGUGCUGCAAUCCUGAGUGCUGUAUUACUGUGUACUGUUGUACCUCAUUCAUGUCUUCACUGAGGGAACUGUGCAGCACAGUGCUGUGUUACUGUGUAAUACAACACAUUCAUUGGUACAGUGUAAAGCAGACACCCAACACUACCGUGCUAUUAGGAGCACAACAGACUUUUAGUUGUGUGGAUGGGAAAUGUUUUUUUGUUGCCAUGUGUUUUCAGGCCAUUUGCUCCGUUCUUCAUUUCAUUUCUAGUACACCUAAUGAUGACUUGACUGCUUUCUGCAUAAAAAAAUUAAAAUAAUUCAUCUGAACCAUA